AUGCUCAUGCAACAUUCUAGAGAAGUCCAUAGCAGCCUCACGCGUAACAGCAAGGGCUUCAGGACAGGGCUGUCGAGACGCGAGGGGCAGGUGAGCGAGGCGGCCCCGCUGUUGCCUGACAGCCGCCACAGUCCGGGGGCUGCAGCCGCAGGGGCGGUUCUGGUCCCUGACACGGCGCACACGCUCUCCUGGUCGGCCUCUCCCCCACCAGGCCUCGGGCAGCUCCGCGACCUGGUCCCGCAGCCGUGGGUGCAAGGCACCCCCGCCGCCUGGCUCUCCCCAGUCGGCUCCAGACUCCGGCCUCCUGCCUCCUCCCCCGAAGCUCCCUCCAGGGACUGUCUCCUCAAUGCCGGGAGGCCCGAGGCAGCGGCAGCCGUUUCUUCUCCCGUACACCCGGUCACCCACACCGCGGCAGGCGCGCGCCCCGCCGUGGGAACCCCUACAGCCGCGAGCACCCCCAGAGACACAGGCACCCGCACGGCCUCAGUGGCCGGUCCACUGGGUCUCCUUCUCCACGGGCCUGAGACACCGUCGGAGCCACUUGCCCCGUCAGGGGGUCCUGCAGCCCCGGCAGCAGUGGGCACCUCCGUCACUGGUCUCUGUCCCCACACACCUGAAGCAUCCCCAGAGCCGGCAUCGGCCACCAUCGGCCCAGAGGCCCCCACAGCCACGGGAAGGCCAGCAGCCGUGGGCAUCUCAGCAGUCCGUCUCCCUCCCAACAAGCCUGAGGGGCCCCUGGGGCCCAGCCUAUCCCCCGUAGGCGCAGGCAUCCGGGCAGUGCUAGGCACCCCCAACCUUGUGGGAGCCCGGGCGUCUGCUGGUCCUCGAGCUGUCUCCCUCUCCCCCCACAGGCCUGCAACGCCUCCAGGCACAGACUCUUCCGGGACAGACCUAAGUGUCCUGGGGGCCACGGGCACCCCGCCAGCAGUGGACAUCCCUGCCGUCUGCCUCCUUCCCGGCAAGCCUGAGAAACCCCCGGAGCCGGCCUCCAACCCCAGAAGACCGGGCACCCUGGCAGCCGUGGGCACCUCAGGAGCCCCAGACGCCCUGGCACUCGCCCAGGCGCUUCAGGAACCCCGACAGCCUGUCUCCUUCCCCAUGAUCCGGGGAAAGCUGCAGAGCCAGUGUCCUCAUGCACAGACCACAGCUCCUCGGGGGCCGCGGGGACCCCUGCAGCCACGGGCCCUGCCACCCCGUCGGCCAGAGGCACCCCCCGAGCCUGCUGCCUCUCCCACUGGCCGGGGAGACCUCCAUAGCUCACCUGUUCUCCUGGGGCUCCUGGUGAGCCAGAGGUACUCCCAUUCCCAGCCCUAUACCCCACAGGCCUGGAGCAGCCCCAGAGCCUACCUCCUGCUCAUCACGGCCACCUACCUCUGCGACCGCCUCUCGGACCAGCGCCCCCGGCACCUGCACUGGCUGGCCCCUGUCCCACACACCCUGAGCGGCCCCACAGCCCAUCUCUCUCUGCACAGCCUCGGGCCACCCCAUGGCUCCAGGCACCCCCAAAGCCUGUCCUCGCCCCAGCAGGCCGAGGCCAUCCCACAAGCUGCCGCGAGCCCCAUGGCUGCAGAUCCUCCUGGGGCCCCGGGGGCUGCCCUGGCCUGUCCUUUCACCCAAGGUCCUCCCGAGGCUGCCCUCAUAGCCUGCACCUUCAGCCACAGUUCCAGAAUGCUCUCGUGCCCCGUGGAGCCCGGGCGGCCUUUCCGCUCACAGCCCCGGGAAGUCGGAGAAAGCGCCCCGUCCUCCUCCCCCCCGGUGCCGGUCACCCACACCGACCCGACGGGCCCCACCACCUGGGGCUGCCCCACAGCCCCGUCCACCCACACGGCCCCAGGGUCCCCCGCCGCCUCCACCGGGCCUGCAGCGCCAGGGGUCCCCGAAGCCCCCGGCUCGCUCGCGCCUGCGGCCCCGGCCUCGGCCCUUCUCCCCCGCGGCCGCCGACGGUCCCGCAGCCGGUUUGCGCCCACGCAGCGCGUCUCCCAGGCCGCGGUGGGCGGCCGGCGCCCGGCUCCCCGACCUCGGGGCGUCCCCGCGGCGCAGCUCUUCCCCCACGGCCGCCCGCGCCCGCGCCCCGGCCGGCUGGGCCCCACGCAGCGGCCGGCCGCCCCGCUCAUGGCUGCAGGGCCGCGCGCGCCUUCCCCGCCCGCCGCCGAGGCUGCCGCACACACGCACGCACGCACUCCGCGCUCCGGCCGCCGCGGCCCGACCCCCGCCCGGCCCCCCGCCCCGGACCCCCCGGGCGCCCCCCGGCCGCCGCAGGCGCGCGAGUGCCGGGGGCGGCCCCGGCUCAGGAAUCCCCCCAGCCCCGGCCCGAGCCCACCUGGCCUGGGGCGCGGCGCGGCUACCGGGAAGCGGGAGGGGGACCGGCUAGGCCGCGCUUCCGGCCGCUCGCCCGGUCGCCAUAGCAACGGGCGCGGGGCGGCCCGGGAGCCGUUGGGGCUCCCGAGCCGCCUGGGGGUCCCGGGGCUGCGCGGCGGCGGGCUCGGCAGCCAGCGCACACGGGGCCGGGGCCGUCAGGGCAGAAGCUCGACCGUGCGCGCGGCGCCGGCGGGCCGCGCAGGGAGAAGCGAGCGCAGGAAGGCGGCGCGCACGCGUUGGGGCCGCCCGAGGCUCCCGUAG